CGCACGUGUUGAUGACUUUAUUGUCAAAGUGAUCUUAUUUCUGGAAAAUGAUUUUAAAGAUGUGACCAGAGAAGAAGGGAGCUGAAGAAGAUAGACUGAGGAAGAGGAGAUAGUGUCAAGCAAUUAAUAGAAUCGGAGCCACGUUCCAAAUAUGACGCUGCGGCCAUGAUGUGAGAACGAUGGAACGGAGCUGGACGUAGAUGGUAGAAGAGAGCAUAUCACUUGGAAAUUAUGGACAGGAUUUUUAGCUGAAAUGACGGAAUUUCUGCCCAUUUUAGGCAAAAAAAUGGGUACCCUCACCAGGACUAAACAGGCUAUUCUACUGAAUUUGCUCUCAUUGUGGAUUUGCUUGUGUUUCCAAACCGGGAACACGAGAGCUUCAUCCACUAAGUUGGAUAUAUCACAAUGUCGUACUUCACUUGGUAUGCAAGUGGCGACAAUUCCCGAUGAAAGCAUCACUGCUAGUUCAUCUUACGAUUAUGCAAGUGUCGGCCCAACAAAUGCCAGAAUUCGCACAGAGAAAAAUGGCGGCGCCUGGUGUCCAAAACCUUCUAUCACGCCCGACACAUAUGAGUACUUACAAAUUGAUCUAUAUAACUUGACGGUGAUUACGUUGGUGGAGACGCAGGGGCGAUUCGGCAAUGGCCAGGGCCAAGAAUUUACCGAGCAAUAUUUACUUGAAUAUCAGCGAGAGGAAGGCGCCAACUUCAUUCGCUUCAGGAAUCGAAGAGGACAAGAGAUUUUCCAAGGCAACACGAACACAUACCUAGCAGAGCUACGGGAGGUUGACCCGCCGAUCAUCGCCAGGAAGAUCAGAUUCGUCCCAUAUAGCACGCACCCUCGCACCGUCUGUAUGAGGGUCGAGCUGUAUGGAUGUCCUUGGAAAGAUGGAACCAUCUCAUAUGACAUGCCUCAGGGGGACAAGCGUGGAGCCGAAGUGGACUUAUUCGACUUCACGUAUGACGGGAAAAUACAGGAUAACUUUCUAUCGGGUGGAAUGGGCCAGCUCACAGAUGGAGAAGAAGGCCCGUCGAACUUUCGCUUGGACCCACAAGCUCUCGGAAUGAAAGGUUACGAGUGGGUUGGAUGGAAAAACGAAACCACCAUCAAUAAACCUGUGGAAAUAAUCUUCAAAUUUGACACUGUGCGGAACUUUUCCUCCGUUUCGUUCCAUUGUAAUAACUUCUUCUCAAAGGAGGUCCGCGUUUUCCGAAUGGCGAAAAUUUCUUUUAGCGUCGGCGGGAAGUAUUACAAGUAUGGGGACAAUGUUGUGACGUUUAUUUACAUGCGCGAUGAGCUGAUGGAGUUUGCGCGGUGGGUGAAAGUGAAACUGAGUAAUCUGGUCGGGAAGUAUGUGAAGGUGUCCUUGACCUUUGAUGCACGUUGGAUGCUGAUGAGCGAGGUGCACUUUGAGUCAGAGCCAGCGAUCGGUAACUUCAGCGAUGAGUUGCCGCCCCCCACAUCCAUCCCGACCACCCGUGUCACCCCUAUAUUCCCCGGAGGUGUGUAUGACGGAGAGCUAGGUAGAGGGAACUAUUCCAUAUUCACCGGUGAAAUCAUUCCAUCAGGCGAAAACGGCAACAAUGAUAUCGAGGUCCCGCGGAAGCAUACGCCAUCUUUGGACGACAAGAAAAUCGGUAUCAUCGUCGGAGCUCUCGCUGCACUUAUCAUCAUCUUGAUUCUUAUCGUCUUGGCGAUAAUAUGGCGACAGCGGACGCUGAAACAUAACAACAAUCGCCGUAAUGUCAAACCGGUUGAUAAACCAAUCAGCAUCAACCUGAACGAUCUUCAUCCAAAUAUCACCGUGAAUGGAAAAUUAUCGAACGGUAACAUGUAUAAUUCAAUCGGCCAAUCAGAUAUGGAGUCAGAUCGCGAUAUCGACCGCUGCAAUAACGAUAUAUAUCACGAAUUAGACGAAUGUCUGCAGUCACGGAAACUCCCCGACUUGCCACCGCUCAAGACCCCCGAGUCAACAGGUAUACACUAUACCAACACGAUAGCAUCACGAGAAUAUGCCAUCCCAGACGUCACGAAAUCAUCGCUGAUGUUCUCUGUGCCACCCUCGGCACCCGUCAUCGAAAACCCAUACCAGAAGUCGACCGUAAAACCAGUCGACCCUUUCUAUGCAACCAGCGAUAUCCUGACGAUGCCGAACAUCCAGGGUGUGAGCGGUAGUAACGUUUACGCGGUACCCAACCCGGACUUACUACACGGAGCACCGGAGACGAAUGACCAAUGCGUGAUAGAAUUCCCAAGAGAGAACCUGAAAUUUAUUGAGAAACUUGGUGAAGGACAAUUUGGAGAGGUGCAUCUUUGUGAAGCUCAGAGGAUCAUAGAAUAUCUUGGCGAUGAUUUCCUCGUCAAUCGCACGGCCUCGCGGUCACUUUUGGUUGCUGUCAAAAUGCUAAGGAAGGGUGCCAGCAAUCAGGCUAGGCUCGAUUUCCAGAAGGAGGUGAAGAUAAUGUCGCGUCUCAAAGACCCUAACAUCGUUCGUGUUCUGGGCAUGUGCAGUGAGGACGACCCGCCCCUAGUUAUAGUAGAAUAUAUGAAGUUUGGCGACUUGAAUCAAUUCAUACAACAACACAUCCCCGAGAACAUAUACAGUACUGCCAAGGCAUCCAAUGCACCGAUUCUGAGCUAUGGGUGUCUGAUUUUCAUGGCGUCACAAGUCGCCUCAGGAAUGAAGUACUUAGAAUCUCUCAACAUGGUGCACCGAGACCUCGCCACGAGAAACUGUCUCGUCGGACAUCAGUACACGAUAAAAAUCAGCGACUUUGGCAUGAGUCGGAGUUUAUAUCAAGCUGAUUAUUACAGGAUCGAAGGAAGGGCUGUACUUCCUAUCAGAUGGAUGGCGUGGGAAUCUGUAUUAUUAGGCAAAUUCACGAGUAAAAGUGAUGUCUGGUCAUUCGCUGUUACUCUGUGGGAGGUGUUGACAUUUGCCAAAAUCCAGCCAUACGAGCAUUUAACUGACGAACAAGUAAUUGAAAACUGUGGACAUUUCUAUCGCCAGGACGGGCAGGAGAUAUACCCGCCCAUCCCGUCAAAUUGCCCAAAAGAAAUAUACGAUUUGAUGCGAGAAUGUUGGAAUCAGAACGACGUGAGCCGACCGUCCUUCCGCGAGAUUCAUAUGUUCCUACAGCGGAAGAACAUGGGCUAUAACCCUAAAGAUGAAAUUAUGAGCCAGUCGAAAAUGUUGCUUUGUUAGCGAAGGAUCUGUUUAGACUUUUCCAUUUGACAAUGCUGGUACGUUGAGUCCCUCAGUAUGACACAAUGGUAAAAAUAUUGAUUGACACUUGGAAUACAAAAGUUGAUUGCAAAUUUGUGUUGUGAUGUUGGGUAUUCAUAUUCAGAAAUAUGAAUCUAAUGUGGACGUAUCUUACCGUCAGUGGAUAACAAUCAGAUUACGAUGCCGACUUUUUAAUCAGUAAAAAUGGACCAACGAUUCCUGGAGGAAGAUGUGAGAAUUCAGGUGGAGGAUCAUGCACCAUAAACAGUUACCAUGGAAACAGCAAGGUCGUUUCCAUGGAAACAAUGAAUGUACUAAUUUGGUUCCACAGAAAGAAUAGGUGACUGCCGUAUUAAUGCCCUAGUGAUUUCUGUGGAAAAAGGUGGAUAGCUUUGGAAGUGACAUAUGUAGCUAUGGAGUGGCAAGUGUUGCUAUGGAAUGGCAAGUGUUGCUAUGGAAUGGCAAGUGUUGCUAUGGAGUGGAAGUGUUGCUAUGGAAUGGCAAGUGUUGCUAUGGAAUGGCAAGUGGCACUAUGGAGUGGAAGUGUUGCUAUGGAAUGGCAAGUGUUGCUAUGGAAGUAGCAAGCGUUGCCAUAGAAUGGAAAACAUUGCUAUGGAAAUAGUGGCAAGUGUACAGGAGUUCAAAAGUGUUCAAUUUAACCUGCUGCAUUUUUGAUGUUUUGAUACGAAGCCCUCGAUGUAUUCUAUCUGUAUUACGACUUGAACAAAGAACUUGAUCGCCAGAUCGAGAAUUUGUCAUACUUCUCAAGAACUUAGAAACAGACAUCAUACCUUAGGAUCAGGAAGAGAUUGCCGUAGACGAAAACGUAUAUUAAUUUUGUAAGAGAGAGACAACGUGAUUUCAAAUAUUGGUCAAAUGGACGUUUUAUAUUGUGUAUCUGAUGUGUUACCAACCACUAUCGAUUGGAUAUUUGAUUAUAACAGUUAACAAAAGGGGGAGCUGGUCAGAACAAGAUCCAUACAGCUGUCUUCAUCAUGCAUUUUAUAUCAAAAUUGCUGACUCAGUAUUUUACUGGUGACUGACCACGAACAAUCGCUCGCCAGUAGGCGGCACCCCUUUGUGUUCGAACAAUUUUGUUGUCCAAUUUGUAUACGAGAAUCACCUGAAAGGGGGCGCUACCAUUAUGCUUCAUUACCUACCAUAAACAGUUGCGCCCCUAGUGGAUAAUGUGGGAAAUACGGCUCCUUAUGGUGACGUUGUCACGGGAAGAUGGGAGAUUGUAUUUGCACAAAACUUGUACAGUUGUGUAUUACCUUUUAUAAAAAAAGAGUCGAUUAUUUAUUUACCUGCGAUGAUAUCAAUAUUUGGAAACCUAGUCAUAGCGUUUUAUCGGAGUGAUGGAAUCUCCAGCAGAGGGAGUGUUUUUGCGGAGUGACCAGAAUCCGGCAGAGAAACAAGUGCACAGCACUAUCUAGUUUAAGUCCAAGCGGACCAAUGUUGUUAUGUCUUGGAAGUAGGUGUCAUGUGAUUAGAUCACAUGACGGUCAUGUGACCUGCUUUAGUCUAUUCGUGAUGGUCAAUUUUGUCUCACUCCUUUGUACAAUUGAAUCCCUCUAAAUGGUUGUUGGCGUUCUCAAACAUGUAACAACUGCCAUUUGCGCAUUUCUGUGUUUGGAGAUAUAAAAUAUGUCGAUCAGAUGACUAUUCUUCGGUCAUAUGCUGUACCUAAUUUCAAAAUUUCCUUGGGAAACAGCAUAUUAGUGAAUUAGAGCAGUCAUUUCAGAAAAGUGGGAGUCUUUCACCCCUGUCCCUGCAUGGACUCAUCCAGUAAAUGUAUAGGUUAGUCUAUUCAGGAAAGUGGGCUGUAAAGGUUACUCCCUUCCCCAUUUUCCUGAAUAGACUCUUCUAGUUAAUGCAUUGGUGCACUCCAUUCAGGAAAGAUGGGAGUGAAUUUCUUGAAUGUACAUAUUUUAUCUCUGUGAGCAGGACUGGCAUGUUUUAUAGAGUUCCGACAAAAUGACUUGCUUACUCUGUAAUUAUAACCGUGUACAUUUGACAAAAAACUGGGCAUCCUCUUCAAGUAGUUUGUCACUUCAAGUAUGUGGAAUUGCCUGGCCAUUAUACAAACUGCAACUCAUACUGAAAUCUUAAUGAAUCCAUUUGGAUUCAUUUUGAAGUAAAUUGCAUAUUUUCUGAACAUUUCUUCAAAAAAAACACAAAAAAAUCCAUUUUGAGAUGCUUGUAUAUGUGUAUGUAUCCUAUGUUCAGCCCUAUAUGAAUAAUGUACAGGUAUUUCUACAUCUUGAGGUGAAAUAGAGUAGGCUUGAUCAGUGGUAUAAUGUACAGUGUCUGCAUACAGCCCUACAGUUGCUCAAUGUACAAUAAAAUGAUGUAACACAGCAGGACUAUGGCUUAACUCUGUAAUGACUGGUGAUACUCAUUGUCUCCCAAUGCCUUUCAAUAUGUUUGAUUUGCAUAGACAAUGGGUUGGCUAUACCAAGUUGUUUGAUGGUCAUGGAUCACAUAUACCAGCUAGCUCACCCUUUGUUUAGAUGUCUUAGCAAUGAAUGAAGCAGUCUUAGAUUGCUGUAUGUUGAUAUAUUACACAAGUCCUCACAGAGUUAAGCCCCAGGGGUUUGCUGGUUGACCGGUUUUCUAUGGGAUAAUUAUCGUGUGGGGAAAACAGUUUAGAUUUCUACAUGUGAAUAGAAAAGUUAAUACCUUCCUGUUUGAUUUCAUCAAGGGAUGAGAUUAUUUGGUUUCAACAGUUGGCUGAGUAGUCAAUAGCAACUUUCACAAUUUUUAAUUUGGAUUUUUAUGCCUUGAAAAUCCUACUUAUGUUUCUCCUGUCGUAAUUGCUGACUGUCAUUACCAUAACUUGUUCUGUGAUCCAGAUGCAAACAUCAUCAUCGACUAAAAACGUGUCUCAGAUUUUUUCAAGUUCUUAAAUCGAUGUCUUUGCAAAUUAUUCGGUUGAAGCUGUCAUUAUUUAUGUUCUUUAUUUGUCAUUUUUGAUGCAGGCAUUAUGUCAUUGAGGAUCUUAAUUCUAUUUCGCCGACGUUUCACAAGCACAGCUUUACAAGAAAGUACUAUUGGAUGUUUUUAGUUCUCAAGAAGAGGUCCUCGAAUGAUAAAAAUGAUCUAAAGCAUAUAUUUACCCAUCAAUCUAUCAAAUUUAGCAAUCAGAUUAGAUGCCACGCGGUACUCAAAGAGCCUUGACAGUUUUCUGGUUCUUCAUGUGGAUUCUUCCAUCAAAUUAGCACAAAGUCGCAAGUAAGAUUCACUGUGUGCAAAAAUAAGCUCUGUUGCAAAAUGUAUUGACGUUAAUAUUGUUAAAAAGGUUUUGAUUUUUCUUGUAACCAACCCAUUGAUGUUCUCAUAGUGUUUUUUCAUCCAGUUGUUGUUUUGUCAAAAGUUCUCCACAAUAUCAAGGGCCAGGUUGCAGUAAGACUUCGUGCUUUGUAGAUUUCGAAAAAGCAAGUCACAAAUUUGUUGUUGCAAAAUUUCAAGAGCACAAAAUUUCAAUGUCUAUUGUUGUUGAAAAGUUAACGGGAGCUCAUCCAUUUUCGUUCUUCCCUUGUUGUGAUGUUCCUUGGCUGGAAGCGUUAAAUAUCCAGUAUAAAACGUGACUGCAUCGAUUAAACAGAUUCCAUGAUAAAUUACAGCACUCACAGGCGACUAAGUCAAGGACCACAGUCAAAGUGAUAGAAAUUUCCCUUUGUUGGGGUAGCAGUUGACUCAUUUGACCGAAUAGCAAUGUCAAUCCGACUGUUGCCUCAUUUUGGCCACAUUUUAAUUCGCUGUGUGUGUGAUCUGCUUAGUCGCCUGUGUGUGUGUCUCAAGUACAGAUGGUCUUUAAUAAACGCCGCAGAAGCGUAAUUUGUUUAAAAGCCGAGGUUGCUUGUUAUCAUGGCCCAGAGUAUUGGUUGGGCCACGAGGCCUAGUAUUCUUAGAAAAAAUGAGGUACAAAGGUUCACAUGCUAUUACAUCUCGUUCCAAGUGCUUCUAUGUGCAGACCCUAAGCUUGAGGGCCGCGGACAAAACGUGUUUUUCAUGCAGAUAUCGACAAUUUUUCUGAUUAAUGGCCAAAAGUAGCAUUUUGCGAACCGCCCAUGGCCAAAAACCUACGUAGGGCCUGAUGUGCAGCCUUGGGUAAUUGUUCUCACAUAAUAUAAAACUAAGUUAAGUACUGUGCAUAAUUGGAGUAGAGGUCUUUUUGUUUUAUUUCAAUGCUUGUUCUCUUCAAUGCUUUAGUUGUGCUUGGCUUAUGAAACAAUCUUUGAUUGCCAAAUAUUAGUGUACUUUGCUUCAAGCUAAAGGAGGAAACAUAAUAAAAGCCAUUCUGACUAUCCUUGCAUACCAGGGGUUUAUUUUGACCUCUAUAUAGUGCUUAUGAUAAUCACUGACUGUUUGUACAUUUCAAGCGGUUCUUUUUACACAUUGGUUAAAGUUAAUUGUAUCAGGACUUGGUGUCUAGGGGUGACACUUAAUUCAUAUCAAUUGGACACAUUUUAAUCUCAAGGGGUUUUGUUUUUCAACCCCUUUCCUGGUUGCCAAAACAUGAGGCUAUACGAGUCAGUCAGUUCAAAGAGAGGGUUCACGUUCUCUUCAUUGACCUUAUCUGAGCAAAAAACCAGUUGUGCACUGACAAAUAACUGUUGAAUCUCCAGUUCUAAACAUGACGUUGAAUCUGUGAUUUUGAGGUAACACUCGCCUGCAAGCUUAAAUUACGGAAAAGUGUUGUACCUUGCGCUAGACUUUGCUGUCAUUGAAAUCAGUGGUAUUCACCAUCAGUGGUUCAAGUAUCAAUGGUAAACUGGAUGUAUUGUACAAUCAUCCAAUAAAUGGAAGCUAGUGAUUUGCAAAAAUAUAUGUAACUUUCCCAAAGUUGUUGUUUUUUACAGUGGGACUUGAUGCAAGAAGGCACAGUUACCAAAGCUAGUGUAGUCGUCACUUCUGUACGUUAUUCACUAUUUACUCAUUAAGAUAACUGGCCAACUAACUGUGCAAUUAAAGUGUUCUUUCAACAAUCUAGGCAAUAUUAAUUAACCAAAGUCAAGUUGAAUAUCUCUAGAACUUCCACAAGUGGUGCAGUGUGCUAUUUAAACAUUUACGCAGCCAUCUCUCCCCAAACGGGCGCGUAAUCACAGUAUGACUGACGCUCAAAUCAAGAAUCAUACAAAAGUUUGCUAGAGCUGGGCUCACAACAUCAUGGUACUGCUAUUAAACAUUGUAUCUCGGGUUCAUUUACACUAAAAGAUAACUAAUAGUUUUAUGAGUUCUGACAUGGGCUGGAUAUGCCAUCAUAUGGUCUCACUUAAAUGAUUAUAUGUACAGGCUUAUAUAUUUUUAUCAUUUUUUCGGAUAUAAAUCUUUGUGAAGUACUAAUGGGUGUUGUUGUAAAAUCACACUCUGCAUCUGAUUCAUACUUAUAGGUGUAUCAAACUCGAUAUAACAAAUUACCCUGAUAUGUUUCAUUUAUUGACCUCAUUCAAACACUCAAUCGAUUAUUUGCGUCACAAUCACGAUUAUUAGUUAAGUAAAUGUUAAUUGAUUAAUUAGAACCAUGUAGAAGCUUCCAAUAUGUCCAAGUGGUUACCAUAGAAACAGAUAUCGGCCAAAAGUGGGCAUUGGCUAUUCAAUGCUAUUUUUCCGGCACAUUGAGUUUUUUGGUUGAUCAGUGAAUAACGCAUGCAAGUAUAGGCGCAGUAAAAGGAAGUAACAGAUUUCAGUUAUGUGUGUUUUUAUCAUUAUCAAUAGGCCCUUGUUUUCAAAAGGCCUCAGCACAUCAAGCAGUAGCUGCACUAGAGUCACACUACAUGGCCCACUAGAGUCACACUACAUGUACAUGGCCUGCGUACACAGCGUUAAACCAGCGUGACACAUUUAAGAAAUAAUCAUGAUAUUCUUACCAUAAACCCCUCUUGUAAAAGCGAAAUAGGCGAUCGCCAGUACUAGCAACUGGACUUUUCUCUCCAUUUAUUUGUUUUUGAUUCAGAGUCGGACUAAUAUUAAUGAUUUUGUGAUGCAAUGGUUUGGAUCGUAAUUUGUUAUUUUGCAUUUUAUUACACAACGGUCUAAGUGACUUGAGUUAUUUUUUCCUGUGAAUUGCGCCAGCCACUUUUGUAGAUUUUAUAAUGCUGAAUGUGAAGAAGGAACUGGCUCUACAGAAAUGAUUCUGAUGCCUCGUCAUCCCUGUGUCUGGGUCUGUAAACACCGAAAUAUUCACAGCUUUGUGUGAAUGCAAGUUAGGCUCACUUGGCAACCCUGUAACAGGAACUUCAAUUAGAUUUCCUUUUCAUCUCAUGUCCAUAUUUUUCACGUUUUUUUGUAAAUCUGAAAAAAAAUUGAAAAUAAAAGGCUUGCAAACGUUUAUGGGUUUACACUCGCCAAUGAGAAAAGUGUUAUGACCGAACACACGUAAGAUGUGUAUUGCUAAUGCUAUUUAAUUGCUAAAUUCUCGCACAGAGCUUCAAAAUGACUAUUUUGGUCAAUUUUCUCAAUGGGAUUCCUAGUAAAGAGUUCAUAUUUUCACUUAAUUCUUGUCCUUCGUAUUAGGAAGAGUUGACCCCAUUUUUUAGACUCAGUUAAAAAUCCUAAGUACUUCAAGGCUUAAUGGCCAUAGAAUCUGAACUGCAAUCUGAACAACAAGUGUUGUGGGACUCGAUUGAGAAUUGGUAGACAUGUGUUAAGGUGCUUUUGCAAGACAUCCCUAAGUAUAUUGGGCGUAGAAGACUUAUUUCAGAGUAGAGAAGACCAGAAACAACUGCCGGCUGUCUUUGCAUAGUUGCAAUGUCACUGCAUUAAUGGCUGGGCAAGUAUGCAUUUGAAAGUGUACACAAACAUGCUUUCAGAAUGGUUUUUCUGCAUUUUCUGAUACUUCCGAGAGGCGCCCUCUAUUAUGGGUCUCUUUACCUCAAAUUACUGAUGGUCGACAGUCAUUCAUGGUUCUCCCCUUGAGAUUGUUUUUAACGAACAAGCAAACUAGAACAGUUAAAAUUUAACACACUCAGUUGAACCCAUAUGUCAGAAAGGAUAUUUUCACAGGACAAACUUAAGCACCUUUUAAAUGCCAAUUACCUUGUAUAAUAUUGUAAAUAAUGCUACAGAUCCUAACGGCAGUCGUAACGCUGCCUUAGUGCUGCCACCUAGUGUUGUAUUAUGUUCAGUCAUUGUACAAACUCACAAUUGUAAACAAUGCUAAAACUAGAUUUUUCGAUGGUUGAUUGUUCCCCACACCCCUACUUGGUAGAAUGGGGUGGCCAUUUUUUCAUAUAUUCCCAGUACUUUGGGCUGUGGGUUGAUCCAUUUCGGUAGCCCAGGGUGAUCAGGUUUGACAUUUCACCUUGACAGCUGAGACUGAAGGUGAAUUUGGUCAAAAAAGGAUAUGCUGGUUGAAAAAAGUCAUCAUUUUGUACUGAAUAACAAUUUGAAUAAAACCCUAAAACUGUUGCCAAUCCCGAGGCCAUUUUCAGACUCCGUCACCAUUUAGAUUCUGACGUCUCAAAUUCCUUUUUUGCUGGGGCCACCUUCGGUCUACAUGUUCUGAUAAAACUUGUAAAAACCUGUAAAAGUAACAAUGUAUCAUUUUCUAUAGCUUUCUUUGUUUACCAAUUGUCAUGGAGAUUGUUGCUAUAGUUGGGCAAGUUACCUUGGUUACAGUUGCCAUGUAAAUUCAUAUAGAUGUUGAAUUGGAUUGCUGAAUAUGGAUGUAAUCACAGAGAGUACUACCCGGUACUCUGAAAUCAUUGUGACAUCUAUGCCUGCAAUCUCCUUGACAGCGGGUGUGUUCUAAAAUGUAACAGCUGUAGUGUCAAGCUGUUCCUUCGAUGCCUUCACCCAUGGCGUACAGCCUGUACAUCAACUGGAGUCCCAGUUUUGAUGAAUAUAGUGUUUGGCCGACCUGACUCCUAUUCAAAAACCGAGCUACUUUUGUGAGGUCAGUUCAUUGACAUUGCUAUAGAUCAGUCAAAUCCUAGCUGCAAUAUAUCAAUACUAGCGUGAAACAGCUAAGCAAAAGGAGAUUCUAUUAUGAUCUUGAUCUUGAUAAACUGACAAAUUUAUCAUGCUAACUUUGGUCAAAUGCAGCAUUUGCAAACGUCUGCUGCCUCAUUUGAAAUUGGAGUACUGGUAGUUUGUGAAUUGAGCACCAGACAGAAGUUUCACCACUCAGUUGAGCCUGUCGGUUUCCUCUCACUUGUAAUUCAGCAGAUGAGAGCGUACACAACUUCACAAGCGAUCUAUGGCAGUGUCUAUGUCAAGGGUUGGACUGUUGAGACUAUUUUUGUAUGUCAGCCAAGCAGAAAAAAGUGUCUUAGGCAAAGUGGUACAAUUAUAGCCAUGAUAGAGUUAUAGCCUCACUGUCCACCAUUGAGUACUGUCGGCUGUUUUCUACACUGUAUAGGCUAUAUCUGUACCCCUUUACCUUACCCCUUGUCCUCUUUGGGCCAAAGACGGUAUUGAUUUGGUAGUUACUGAAAAAAAAUCACAAUCUAUUUGCUAUAUUUCGGGAUGAAAUGUUCAUUGUAAACUCAGAAUAUGGGUUUUUUGGUUUUCUUCCCAAAAAGGGCAAUUCAUGAAAUAGUCUGUUUCCCAAAAUCCUGUCUCGGAUGUCAUCUUUCAACAGAGGUUGUCAACAAUAACAGUAUGCUUAUUUGUAUUACACUAUUACAUGUGAAAACGGGAAUUAUCAUGUGACAGGGGCAUCGCUUCAGAUUAUGAUGGAUUCCUAUUUAAUUAUGGGAGCAUUUUGUAAAUAAAAUUAUAUAUUUAAGGCUAACUGAAAA